AUGGACAACUUCUUCAAGCAGCUCGCUCAAAAGCGUCCGCAGUUGUCCUACAAAGACAUCCGCACUGCAGCAGAACGUCUUCCGUUCAGUCCUCAAAUGAUGGACGCUGUCCGUCUCGCAGCAGUGGACUUCGGUGAAACGAUCAAAGUCGUGAGCGACACCCCCGUCCUCUUCAUCGAGAGCUUCCUGCAGUCCCAAAACCUGGUCCAGCAAGUGGACGAGGUGGUGGCCAACACCACGCACUUGGAGGACGGUGGGAAGCUGCUGAGGGUGAGACCCUACCAGGAGGCCCACGUGCCUCCACACGGAUGCUCGACCUGCCCCAAGAACUUGUGCAAGGGGAAGGUGCUGGAGCGCGUCCUACAGCAGCAUCGGUACUCCCGAGUGCUGUAUAUUGGGGCCGGUGCCAAUGAUUUUUGUGCGGCUACGAAGCUAUCCACCAAUGACGUGGUGUUUGCUCGAGCUGGAGAGGAGGACAAGCUGUUGCCGCUGUUAACUGGAAGUCCGGACGAGAUUCAGGCUCAUACCCGGCAGUGGAAGACGGGGGAGGAUAUCCUCGCCUACUUCCGAGAUUUCUUCUACCGGCAAUACCCCGAGUAUCGAGCGUCAAUGGUUUUCGACUUUGACGAUUCUCUAGUGAACGAGGACUCGGACGUCUUCGUGUUCGGGUCGUUCCACCCGGAGCUGUGCCAGACGGUCUACCAACGACACGCCAAGAAGCCGGUAUGGCCCAGUGUAUUCGACGACAUGCUCCAGGUUCUGGCGGAAGAACGACCCGACGUGACGCCCGAAUUGAUCCGCGAGAGGGUGGCGCGGAUCCCAGUGCAAGCGCGGAUGCUGGAUGCGAUUCGGAUGGCGGUGGAGCUGUUUGGAGCUGAGGUUAAAGUCAUCAGCGACGGCAACACCUUCUACAUCGAGAGUAUGCUGGAGCACCGAGAGCUGCGUCAGCACGUGAAGGAGGUCUUCGCCAACCCUGUCGAGUACGAUGCCACGGACGACGGACGCACCAGGCUUCGCAUCCGCCCGUACCACGCGGAUCAUCUGGAGCCGCACGGGUGCUCGUGGUGCCCUACGAACAUGUGCAAGGGCAGCAUCUUGGACUCGAUCCGCAGUGCCAAGGCGUACACCCGAGUGAUCUACGUUGGAGACGGCACUGGAGACUUCUGCCCGGCCUCACGACUGUCAAAGAACGAUGUGGUGCUGGCGCGUUCUCACCUGCUCACCGGAGAGCCGUACGGUCUGCAGAAGCGAAUCAACGCCAACCCUGGCGUCGUGCAAGCGCCUGUGGUGUCUUGGAGCACAGGCUACGACAUUUACCGGCGGCUCGCACAGUUCUGCCAGCCACCGUACGCCAUCCCGAGCACUGUCCCGCGGGUCUCUGGCAGCGUCCUGGUUGUCUUUGAUUAUGACUGGUCGCUGAUCAAUGAGAACUCGGACACCUUCAUCUUCCAGAAGCUGUAUCCUGAGCUGCUUGAGACGCUGCGUGAACGACGUACUAAGCAGCCUUCGUGGACAAAGAUCAUGGACGAUAUGCUCGGCGACCUCGCGAAGGACAAACCAGAGGUCACCGCAGACAUGAUCCGAGACGCCGUGGCCCACGUGCCUAUCCAGUCGCGUAUGCUUGACGCAGUUCGGCUCGCUGCCGAUCAAUACAGCGCGGAUGUCAAGAUCGUCAGCGACGCCAACUCCGUCUACAUCGAGAGUAUGCUGGAGCACCACGGUCUGGCGCAACAAGUGAGCGAGGUCAUCACAAACCCCGCCGCUUUCAAGCCGAUGGAUGGUGGCCGCAGUCGACUCCAUGUCGGACCGUAUCAUGCGGGCGACGUCGAGCCUCACGGGUGUGCCUGGUGCCCGACGAACAUGUGCAAAGGGCGAAUCGUCGACUCUCUUCGCCGCGCACACCCGUACACCAGUGUGCUGUACGUCGGCGAUGGAUCCGGUGAUUUCUGCGCAGCUACGCGCCUGACGAAGAACGACAUCGUCUUUGCUCGUGCCGAUGAAGCGGACGGGAAGUCCUACGGGUUGCAAAAGCGAAUUGACGCCAACUCCAAUAUGGUCCAGGCGUCGGUGGUGCCUUGGAGCUCGGGAGACGAUAUCUACCGUCACUUCGCGCAGUUCUUCGACGCGCCACUUUGGUCAAGUUGA